CUUGGGCAGUGCGAACCGACAGGACACUUACCUCUAAACACGAUCGUAUGACCCCAAGUUCCAGCCUGGACCUGGCUUGUUUGUUCAAGAAGUACGUGGUGCAGAGGGCCUCAGCCUCUUCCAGCCCACAGUCACCCUAUCAGUCUACUCUUUACCUACUAUCAGUGACCACCUACCAUCUCUACAAACACACAGUGGUGGCACCAAGCUGUCAGGUGGACUCGGCAGCACGUCUUAGUACGGACUGGAGACUAGUAGUGUACUGUACAAUUGGAUCGACUAUAAUGUAAAGAAGCAGAAUCCAAAAGGAUUUUAGUGCAAAGAGGAGAUACGUUGUUUUUUAUUGGAUUUGGGAAACAACAAGUUGACAGUCCAGGAUGCCUGCUGGAUCAGUGAAAUUACACAGCAUCAAAAAGCUGGGAGAAGAAAACAAUGGUUUUGAUGAAGAACCGAACGACGCAUACAUGAUGAUGGGGAACACGAAACAGGACACAAAGUCUCCAAACAAGAAGAAGGAAGCUGCUAUUAGGAUUGGCUUCUUUCAGCUGUUCCGUUUCGCCACAUGCCGGGAGACCCUGAUGAUGGUGGGGGGUAGUGUGUGUGCCUUCCUCCACGGUUCCGCCCAGCCUCUCAUGCUGCUGGUGUUCGGGAUGCUCACAGACACCUUCAUUGAGUACGACAUCGAGUUACAGGAGCUCCUGGACCCCAGGAAGGAAUGUAUCAACAACACCAUACAGUGGAAGAACCAGUCAGCAUGGACAGACUGGCUGGACAGCAAUAACACUGAUAAGAUGAAGAAUUUAACAUGCGGGCUUCUGGACAUUGAGUAUGAGAUGACCAAUUUUGCUUACUAUUACGUUGCCAUUGGAUCCGCAGUUUUCUUGCUAGGAUACCUUCAAAUCUCGUUGUGGGUGACGUCUGCAGCGCGACAGAUCCAGAUCAUCAGAAAGAUGUACUUCAGGAAGGUGAUGAGGAUGGAGAUCGGCUGGUUCGACUGCAACUCGACUGGAGAGUUAAACACACGCAUGUCAGAUGACAUCAACAAGAUCAAUGACGCCAUUGCGGAUCAAGUGAGCAUCUUUAUCCAGCGCUUCACCACCUUCGUGUGCGGUUUUGCGAUGGGUUUUGUGAAGGGAUGGAAGUUAACGCUCGUCAUCAUCGCAGCCAGCCCUCUCAUUGGAGUCGGGGCCGCCCUCAUGGCUCUGUUUGUGGCCAAGCUGACGGGUCAGGAGCUGCAGGCCUAUGCUAAGGCUGGAGCCGUGGCCGACGAGGUGCUCACCUCCAUCAGAACAGUGGCUGCUUUCGGAGGAGAGCUAAAGGAAGUGGAAAGGUAUGACAAGAACCUGAUCUCAGCUCAGCGUUGGGGCAUCAGGAAGGGCCUGAUCAUGGGCUUCUUCACAGGCUACAUGUGGUUUAUCAUCUUCCUGUGUUACGCCCUGGCCUUCUGGUACGGAUCCAGCCUAGUGGUGGACACACAGGAGUACAGCCCCGGAACACUGUUACAGGUUUUCUUUGGUGUGCUGAUAGCAGCCCUGAACUUAGGGCAGGCAUCUCCAUGUCUGGAGGCAUUUGCUGCAGGAAGAGGAGCUGCUACCAUCAUCUUUGAGACCAUCGACAGGGAGCCGGACAUCGACUGCCUCUCAGAAGCAGGGUACAGACUGGACAAGGUCAAAGGGGACAUUGAGUUCCAUAACGUCACCUUUCACUACCCAUCCAGACCUGAAGUCGUGAUCCUGGACAAGCUGAGUGUAGCAGUGAAUUCUGGCGAGACGACCGCCUUUGUGGGGCCCAGUGGAGCUGGGAAGAGUACCGCCGUGCAGCUCAUCCAACGUUUCUAUGACCCCAAGGAGGGCAUGGUGACCUUGGAUGGCCAUGACAUCAGAGGCCUGAACAUCCAAUGGCUACGCUCGUUGAUGGGCGUCGUGGAGCAGGAGCCUGUGCUGUUUGCCACAACCAUCGCCGAGAACAUCCGCUACGGUCGCACCGGAGUCACCCUGGAUGACAUCAUCCACGCCACCAAGGAGGCUAAUGCCUACAACUUUAUCAUGGACCUACCACAGAAAUUUGAUACGCUGGUGGGAGAGGGUGGAGGUCAGAUGAGCGGCGGUCAGAAGCAGCGCAUCGCCAUCGCCCGGGCCUUGGUCAGGAACCCCCGGAUCCUACUGCUGGACAUGGCCACCUCCGCUCUGGACAAUGAGAGUGAGGCUGUGGUACAGGAGGCACUGGACAAAGUACGCAAUGGCCGCACCACCAUCUCCAUAGCCCAUCGCCUGUCCACCAUUAAGAACGCGGACGUGAUCGUGGGCUACGAGCAUGGGCGGGCGGUGGAGAGGGGCAAGCAUGAUGAGCUGCUGGAGAGGAAGGGUGUUUACUUCACUCUGGUCACCCUACAAAGCCAAGGAGACAAGGCUCUCAACCAGAAGGCCAGACAAAUGGCGGGCAAUGACGAGCCAGAGCAGAAGAGUUUAUCCAGGGCCGGGAGUUACAGGGCCAGUCUCAGAUCCUCUAUCAGGAAGAGGACCCGCUCACAGCUGUCCAACCUCAUUCCAGAAGCAGAAUCCUUCAUAUCUCAGGCAGACGCGGGCAAGAGUGCCUUUGUGGAGGAGGAAGAGGUGGAGGAGCAAGUUGAGCCUGCUCCAGUGACCAGGAUCCUGAAGUACAAUGCCCCUGAAUGGCCCUACAUGCUGUUUGGAACCAUCGGAGCUGCUGUCAACGGAGGAGUCAACCCAGUGUACUCUCUGCUCUUCAGUCAGAUUCUGGCGGGCUAUGCCUUCUCUAAGUCUGGGGAGCUGCUGACAAGGCGCUUGAGGAGGAUGGGUUUCCACGCCAUGUUGGGUCAGGAGGUGGGCUGGUUUGAUGACCACAGGAACAGCCCCGGGGCUCUGACCACACGGCUGGCCACUGACGCCUCCCAGGUCCAAGGGGCCACUGGCUCUCAGAUCGGAAUGAUCGUUAACUCUCUGACCAACAUUGGCGUUGCCGUCAUCAUUUCCUUCUACUUCAGCUGGAAGCUCAGCCUUGUCAUCCUGUGCUUCCUGCCAUUCCUGGCUUUGUCCGGAGGCUUCCAGGCUAAGAUGCUCACUGGCUUCGCCAAGCAGGACAAACAGGCCAUGGAGGAUGCAGGACGGAUCUCUGGCGAGGCCCUGAACAACAUCCGCACCAUCGCGGGGCUGGGGAAGGAACAGCGUUUUGUGGAGAUGUACGAGGCUCACCUGGAGGCUCCGUACCAGGCCGCCAAGCAGAAGGCCAACGUGUACGGCGCCUGCUACGGCUUCGCCCAGUGUGUCGUCUUCAUGGCCAACAGCGCCUCCUACAGGUUUGGAGGGUACCUGGUGCGCCAGGAGGGCCUCCACUUCAGCCUGGUCUUCAGAGUGAUCUCAGCCAUAGUGACCAGUGGCACAGCGCUGGGCCGAGCCUCUUCCUACACCCCAGACUACGCCAAAGCCAAGAUCUCAGCUGCCCGUUUUUUCCAGCUCCUCGACCGCGUGCCAAAGAUUCGCGUCUACAGCAACGAGGGGGACAAAUGGCCUGAUUUCAGAGGGAACUUAGAGUUCAUUGACUGUAAGUUCACGUACCCGACCCGGCCAGACAUCCAGGUGCUGAACGGCCUCAACGUGUCGGUAAAGCCCGGCCAGACGCUGGCCUUCGUGGGCAGCAGUGGCUGUGGGAAGAGCACCAGCGUCCAGCUACUGGAGAGAUUCUAUGACCCCGACCAGGGCAAAGUGAUUAUUGAUGGCCAUGACUCGACUCAGGUCAAUGUCUCGUACCUGCGCUCCAAGAUCGGCAUCGUAUCCCAGGAGCCCAUUCUGUUUGACUGCAGCAUCGGAGACAACAUCAAGUACGGAGACAACCUGCGCGAAGUCAGCAUGAAUGACAUCAUCUCCGCAUCCAAGAAAGCCCAGCUCCACGACUUUGUCAUGACACUACCUGAGAAAUACGACACCAACGUAGGUUCCCAGGGCUCCCAGCUCUCUCGGGGACAGAAGCAGCGCAUAGCAAUCGCCAGGGCGAUCAUCCGCGACCCUAAGAUCCUGCUACUGGACGAAGCCACUUCAGCCCUGGACACGGAGAGCGAGAAGACGGUGCAAGAGGCGCUGGAUAAAGCGAGGGAGGGCCGAACCUGCAUCGUCAUCGCCCACCGUCUCUCCACCAUCCAGAACUCUGACAUCAUCGCCGUUAUGUCCAGGGGCUUCGUCAUCGAACAGGGACCACAUGACCAGCUCAUGGCUCUCAAAGGGGCCUAUUACAAACUUGUCACCACCGGUGCACCAAUCAGCUAACUCCUCAGGGUUAUAGGAGCCAAACCAGGAAAUGCCUGUUCAGGUCAUCACACCGGGUCAUAUAGUAUUUAUUUUGCAGGAGGAAUCCGGUCAACCGUCACACAUUCUUUAGUUUUAAUUGGUCAUGCUGUGUAUUCAUUUGUUGUCAUUACAUUUAAACAGAACUAUGGCUGGUAUGCAUUCAUUACUUGUAUAUACUGUGGUGUACAAAAUGAAGGAUUAGUUCAAUGACUUUCUUGAAGACAUGUAUUCAAGGUGGGCUUUCCGGCGUUCAUAAUUCUGCUGUAUUAAUUGUCUUACCUUUUUAUAUUUCACUUUUGACUUGUUUUCUGUAAUUAACUGUGUUGCAUAAGAAUAAAUUGAAUCCAAAUAUCUACA